UCUACUUAUUUAGUGUUUGGGAAUUCCCCGGCCUGCGAAUUUACCUGUGGAAAUUCCAAAAAGGGGAGUAGUAGAAUUACUAGGCCUAUUCGGAAUUUAUCAGCGUUUAUUAUUCUGGACAUGAGUCAUGUUGCAUCAACAACUAAUAUGCCUGUGCUAGCGAUUUAAAUUCUCUUAUAUAAAGUAGGCCUAGACCUAUGUAACAUUUUCAGCAAGGUUAAAAAAGGACCACUCCUGCAACUGCAUAUUAGUCAUCCACCUAAAAUUUUCACAUCGGCCUAGCCUAUACCAGCAGAUUUGGUUUGGAGUGGAAAGAACCACUGUGACUCUGUCAUGGCCUCUAAAAAGAAAGGAAUGGCAAAACUUGCUGCCGUAUUUCCUGUUAUAGAAGACGACCAACCUACACCGUCGGAGGACGCUAUUUUGCGUGCGGUGAUGAAUGUUGUAUGCUCUGUCACCAUACCAAUUUCAAUAGAGGAUAUUGUCUGGCGUGUGCGCCAAAGGGGAAUCAAAACGACUGCUUCUUCUCUAAAGCAUUUACUAAUCAACUACCCUGACCUUGUUGAAGUCACCUGCACCGCUGAGGGAACAACUUGUACCAUAGUGUUAGAUGAUGUUGAACUGUGCACACAGAAGUACAACACGAAAAAACAAAAAUGCAGCGAUGGUUUUGACUGUACUGACCUUCACCUCUGCAAAUACUUUAUAUCUGG